AAUUGCGCAUACCGAGUAUAACCACAAUGGGUAAGACACGAACUGAAGCAUCGCGCGCAGAGCGCAAGGCAAAGAAACGUGCUGUCGAAGAUACAAUCCCAGAUGUGCCCGAGUCGUGGACUCCAGAACCCGAGGCGGAGACAAGCAAAUCGACCGAAAAGGACUCGAAGAAAAGGAAGCGGGAUGGGGACGAGGAUGGCAAUAUAACGAGGGGAGAAAAGGAGAGCAAGAAGGAGAGGAAGAAGAGGAAGAGAGAGGCAGAAGCAAGUGAGGAGGCGAACAUCGGAAAUGUUCUGGUGGAGGUCAGGAAAGACAAGAAGGCAAAGAAAGCGAAGAAGGAGGAGGAAGCUACUGAGUCGGAGAAGACGGAGCAUGCCGAUGCUCCUGGGGACCUGGAUUUGGAAAGCAAAAAUACACCUGUUGUUGAUACCCCGAAGAAGUCCAAGAAGGAGCGAAAAGCAGAGCGCAAGGCCAAAGAAGCUAUCGAAGCCGCCGCUACGAGUGGUAUAGCAACCACGAAAUCCGAAACAACUGCAAAUGUAGCCUCCGAAACGAACGGGUCGACAGAAAAGGUUGCCGAUACGAGUGACGAAAAGGAAGGGAAGAAGUCCAAGAAGAAUAAUCGCAACCGCGAGAAGAAGCGCAAAGGCACAAAUGCUACCCAGCCUACCAAUGGGGAUGCCGUAGACGAUAAUGGAAGCUCGAAAGCGGCGAGAUUUAUUGUCUUUGUUGGCCAGCUCCCUUUCACCGCAACCAAGGAGUCGGUUGAAAAACACUUUGCUUCCAUAAAGCCGAAAUCUGUGCGUGUCCCUACAGAAAAAGGCCAAGCAGGAAAGGCAAAAGGGUUUGCUUUUGUUGAGUUCGAGGGGUACGACCACAUGAAGACUUGCCUGAAGCUUUUCCAUCACUCCUUGUUCAGCGACGGCAUAAGCGCAGCGAGAGAAAUCAACGUAAACUUAACGGCUGGAGGUGGUGGCAAUACCAAAGAGAGGAAAGGGAAGAUUGAGGAGAAGAACCAGAAACUGGAUGAGGAAAGAGUUCGCCGCAGACAAGAAGAAGAGAAAGCCAAACUGACCAAGCGAGCGGAAGGCGCGAAGAAAGAUCUCAUUGACGAGAGUGCCAUCCAUCCUAGUCGGAGGGGCCGAGUUCCUAUCACGAAAUGACAUUUUUAUGUACAUUAGAAGCAAACCCAGCUUGUACAAUUCUUGAAAGAAUCUUCAAGGUUUUGAGGCAAGGCUUAGGAUAACAGAGCCACGAAAUGAAACAUCAAUUACCGAACGAGAUAAUUGUCAAGAA